UUUGAGCACACAAAAAUGAGUAGUGAGCUUCACUCCCUACCUUACUCUACUCCUAGCUGCAGCUUCAUCAAUGGAUCUUCCCUUUGGGAUUAUCACAGUCUUGGAGUUCUCAACGCAGACAAAAUGUCUUUAGUUAUGGAUGAAAUGGCACCAUACUUCUCACCUCCAGAGCUCUCAGAUUUCUCAUCUGGGUACUUGGAAGAUGCUUUGCUUGAGUUUACUGAACAUUCCAAACGUCGUCGCUUGCUUCCAUGUGUGGAUCAUGAACCAGCAAGCAAGAGUCCCUUAAUUGAUAUUGGACUUGAAAAGAGCUUGUGGAAUUUCAACCCUUUAUCAGUACUCCAGCCAGCAGAGAACUUGUAUUGCAUGAACCAGAUAGAAAGCAUAAGAGAAUUUUCAGAUGAGUAUAGAAGAUCAUGCAUGAUGAGCAGAAUGAACGAGGAAGCAAGCAUCCUAGCACUAACUGCAGGGACACCAGAAGAGACAGUAUCUGCAUCUGAAUCUCCACAUUCGUCCUCAUCUUCCUACAACAAAAAUCCAAAUAUAUCUAAAACCACAGAUGACACAAUAGCUGAAAGUGACAAGAGAAAGAAGAGGGUGAUAACAAAAGUGGCAUAUCCAUUUGCGUUGGUGAAGCCAGGAGGAAGAGAAGGUGAUGUGACAUUGAAUGAUAUAAACGAGAGGAUCUUGAUGCGUCCCACAAGACCAGUGAGGCAUCCAGUGGGGGACUUUGCAUGUCGGCCAUGCGUGUCGGCGGAGGGUCCAGGACUUUCAGGCAAAGAGGUGGUGGCCCUCACCAGGAUUCACACCCAGGGAAGAGGUACCAUCACCAUUAUCAGAACCAAAGGUUGAACCAACGGUGGUCACUAUUCUUCUGACUCGCUCCCUCGCUGGCUGCCUUACUAGCUAGCUUUAUUUAGAGCAGCUUUUGGGCCUUACUUGCUUUGUUUUCAUAACAGCAAGAAGACACGUUUUCUGAUGCCUUCCACAGGUCUAAAGUGAGCUAUACUAUUUAUAACUUGUAAGUAGUGUGGCUUGCUCAUCAUGAACUUAAGAGUAUGAGGUGAUCGAAGAAGGUUUCUUCUAUGCAAGAAAUUUAAGUGAGAAAGGGAUGAACAUCCAUUUGUAUAGUUGGAAAAUUAAGGCCAUAUAUAUAUGGAGAGAUGCAUGUAUGAUAAAGUAAUGUAUAAAAUAGCUGGAACUUGUUUUUUUUGUGAAAUAAUCAUUUGAUGUUAUUGUUUUUCUCAA